AUGGCAGCUAAGAGGGAGCUGCCUUGUAACCAGUGUACAGGGACCACCACUACUCUUCAAAAACUUGAAGGUUUUGCUAGCCGAUUGUUUCAUAGACAGCCUAAGGGUACAGCCCAUGAUCUGAAAACAGCUCUGGAAAAUGAGAGCCUUCAUUUCUCUGAGUACACUGCCUUAUGGGACAGAUCAAUGAGAGACUUCCUCUCCAAGGCCAAGGAAGAAUUCUUGAGGAAAUGGGAAAAUCCCACCCAGAAUACUGCUGUUUUGGAUGACUUUGAGAGAAAGAAAACCCUUGGAACUGGAUCAUUUGGACGUGUCAUGCUUGUGAAACACAAGGCCACUGAGCAGUAUUAUGCUAUGAAAAUCCUUGAUAAGCAGAAGGUUGUUAAGCUGAAGCAAAUUGAGCAUACCUUGAAUGAGAAAAGGAUCCUGCAGGCUGUGAAUUUCCCUUUCCUGGUCAAGCUGGAAUAUGCUUUCAAGGAUAAUUCCAACCUGUACAUGGUUAUGGAAUACGUGCCUGGUGGUGAGAUGUUUUCCCACCUGAGAAAAAUUGGCCGAUUCAGCGAGCCCCAUGCCCGCUUCUAUGCCUCCCAGAUUGUCCUGACUUUUGAGUAUCUUCAUGCUCUUGACCUGGUCUACCGUGACCUGAAGCCUGAAAACCUUCUGAUUGACAAAUAUGGAUACAUCCUGGUCACUGACUUUGGAUUUGCCAAAAGGGUGAAGGGCAGAACCUGGACCCUUUGUGGAACCCCUGAAUACCUGGCUCCUGAGAUCAUCCUCAGCAAGGGAUACAACAAGGCUGUGGACUGGUGGGCCCUGGGAGUGCUGAUCUAUGAGAUGACUGCUGGUUAUCCUCCCUUCUUUGCUGACCAGCCUAUUCAGAUCUACGAAAAGAUCAUUUCUGGAAAGGUCCGUUUCCCCUCCCACUUCAGCUCCGAACUCAAGGACCUCCUGAGGAACCUGCUCCAGGUCGACCUGACCAAGCGUUUCGGAAACCUGAAGAAUGGUGUCGGCGACAUCAAGCACCACCGCUGGUUUUCUGCCAUUGACUGGAUUGCCAUUUUUCAGAGAAAAGUGGAAGCUCCAUUUGUCCCUCGCUACCGAGGUGCUGGUGAUACCAGCAACUUCGAUGAUUACGAAGAAGAGGACAUCCGUGUUUCUCUUACCGAGAAAUGUGCAAAGGAAUUUGCUGAUUUUUAGAGUGAGACCAGCAGGUCUCACCCCUUUGCACGCUGUUAUGAAAAAAGGCGAUGCUGAAUAUUAUUGUGUAACAAAAAUCCAUCUAGUUCCUUCAUUCCACACGUUUAAGUAAAGUCAUCAUCAUGUGUGCAAUUAAGAAAACCCAGAUUACUUAGGCACAGGGCCGGCCACGGGUAUUAUUUUUACUUUGUCCUUUUUUUUUUGUUUGUCCUUCUCUUUGGAUUCUAUAAUUUUACUCCUCCCCUUUUCAAAUUACAAAGUCCCGCCCCGUCCCCCCCCCCAUGACCUAUUUUGUUUUGAUCAGUUUGGUGUUCAGAAAUGAGAGGUGGUACAGCUAGUGGUGUUUGAUAGAUUGGGGGGAGGGGAGAGAGGGAGAGGGGGGAGAGGGAGAGGAAGAGGGGGGAGAGGCGGGAGAGAGGGGGAGAGGGAGAGGGAGGGGGAAAGAGGGAGAGGGAGGGGGGAUAGGAGAGGAGGGGGAAGAGAGGGAAAGGGGGGGAGAGAGAGAGGGAGAGAGAGAGAGAGAGAGAGAGAGAGGAGAGAGAGAGAGAGGGACAGAGGGAGAGAGAGAGAGAGAGAAAGUAUUUCUUCUUGUCUGAACCAGCUAGUCCCUUUUAUCUACAAUCCUUAGACAUGGUUUCUAAUAAUUAUAUUAAUUUAUUAAAAUUUUUCCUAAUUCAAACUACUCUAUACUUAUUGGAGAUUUCUAAAAACAAAAUUCCCAAUGUUAUGUAAAUUUAUGCAAAAUUAAACUAAAACAAAACAAAGCAAAAAAAAAAAAAACCCAUCAUUCUGGAAACUAAACUAAAUUAGGCGAUAAAUUGGCAUCAAGUCAGGGGUGGCCGGCCGGUCCCUGUGCCUUGGUUUUCUGUGACCAGUAAAAUUCUUUCAUCUCUGCCUUCUGUUGUAAUUCUUGCGUGUGUGUUGUUCUGUAAAUCAUGAGUAGCCUGUGCAAUGAGAAGCAUGUGAUCUCAUGCAACAGGAAUAUUUCUCAAUGGUCUGGAUUGUAAACCAGUUUCACUCAUAUAGGUAACAGCAUCGCCAUAUGUAUUCAAUAAAAUUAAUAGUUUCAGUAUUGUAAACAGCGCAUGAGUAUUUAAGUGAUUAUUGUCGAGGGUCAUAAAAAUCCCUCACUUUAAACCUUUUCGCUUUUAAAAAAGAUUAUUUUGCUUUAUGUUUAAAAGGGCAUCUGUGUGAUGGGUUUGCUUGGCCCUGCUAGGAUAAUAAAAAAUUAAGUAAUUAAGUGGCUUCGCUAUUGCUAUUUAUAUUAUGAAUGCACUGCUAGCUGCUUGCGGCUAUUUAUUUUUUGUUCUUAGUGAUUUUUAACUUAGAGCGUUUUGCCAUGUUUUUGUUCUGGUAUUCUAUAUUAGUAAGCUGAAGAUGGAGUACUGCAUCAAACAUCAUUUUCAAUUUAAUUGUUUAUAACAAGGAAAGGAGAAACAAAAUCAAAAAAAAAAAACUGCCACAAUUGGGUUUCAUUUUAAAGGUGCGCUCUCUUUUUUUUUGAACAGAAUCCUCUCUUAAGUUUGUAAUCAGUUUUUAGUUUCCGGUGAGCCAGAUGUUACGAUCACGUAACCGCAGCAUCAAUUAAGCUUUUGGGCGUAGAUGUUUUUACAUUCUCACCAAAUGACUUAACUUCGAUCUUGCUGCCAAGUGCUGGCUUUGGGCGCUCUUUUUUCUUUUCCGAUUUUUCAAAAUUCCAUGGCUCAGCACUUUUUUUUCCUUUCAAACAUCCAUCCUGGUACUUUUUAACACUUAUGGAUCUCUCAGUGACCUAUCUUCACACAGCACACCUUCACAGUUUUAAAAAAAACUGGGGCAUAAAUUGCAGAUCAAUAUCAAUUUCAAAACACAAACUUCACAGGAUGAUCGUUUUUACAAAAAAACCGAUCUUAUAUACCGAUAUACCACAGUUAUAUCACCAAGGUUUCAUAGGUCACUGAAACAAAUUCCUUUUAAUCUGCCUACUACUCCUUUCUGAUAAAAAAAUAAAUAAAUCUUUAUACUCAUUUUAAAAUUAUAUUUGAACUGUACUCUUUCUCCAACUUUCAGUAUGAUACCAGAUCCUCGAGCAUCUUAGUACCAGCAAUGUUGCUAAGAUGCUGACACCGAUUUUCAGUAUUGUUCUAUCUACUUUUACUCAUGUGCAAGAAAAGUAUAAGAUAAUUUGCUGUAUCAGAAUUUAAGUAAAAAAUAAUUUGCCAUCCCAUCAACAAAUUUUAAAAUUAUUUGCAAGAAAAGGUUUAAAUCUUUUGUAUUUCAUUUAGCUCCUGAACAUGCUUUGUACGCUAGCUGUAUGCGGUAAAAUAUAUAGUAACUUUGAUGUUUUAAAUAAAUGCUAUCUAUAUGUCGCAA